AUGACUGCAUCAAAACCAAGAACAUCCCCAAUAUCACCCAGACCGAAAUCCAAUCAUGCUCAUCGUCCAGCUCCCCUAUCGGAAUUUCAGAACCUAGGCAACGGAAUCCUCUUUUUCGAUCCAGCAGCAGAAACAUCACCACCAAACCAUGACGGUAACCACAACCAUGACGAUAACCACUUCCAUACCCCCCAACUCAUCGUCCUCUGCACCUGGCUAGGCGGCGCCACCCCCCGGCGCAUCGCCAAAUACACCUCAGGCUACCGGCGUCUCUUCCCCGCCUCGCCCAUCCUCGUCAUCCAAACCGUCAUUGCCGACUUCACCGUCCGUUCCGAACAGGCCAUUCGGCGAAACCUAGCCCCAGCAAGAGAUGUCAUUCGGCAUAUUCUCCUCACCCGCGAUCGCUCCAAUUCCCUAUUACAUGCGGGAGGAGCCUACAAUGCACCGGCGGAAAACGAGAGUCACGGGACAGGCACAGGAAGGACAGGAAUCCUGUUACACAUCUUCUCCAACGGCGGGUGCCACCUAUCCCUCCAAUUAGCCCACAGCUAUUUUUCGUCUUUUGGCCACUCGCUCCCUGUCACGCUACAAAUCCUCGAUUCCUGCCCUGGCACGUUUUCCAUUGCGCAGACGUAUGGAGCAGCAGUGCAUUCGGUUCCGACUCAUCAUCCUUGGGUGGUACAGAGCAUGGAGCGAUGGGGGUUGUGGGGGGCCGUGGUGUUGGUUGCGGGAAUACAGCACGGACUACCGAGAGCGAUUGGAGAGAAUGUGGUGAGAAAAAAGUUGUUGGGUGGGGUGGGGGUGGAUUUUGAGGGGAUGAGGGGGGGAGUUUUGGAUGAUGAGCUUUUUGGGGGACAAGGAAAAAAGGAAAGAACGGGGAGGUUGUAUUUGUAUUCGAAAGCGGAUGAGGUGGUGGGGUGGAGGGAUGUUGAGAGGCAUGUGAGGUUGGCUAGGAAGUUGGUGGUGAAGAAGAAGAAGAUGAUGAUGAAGGAAGGGGGAAAAGAUGAUGAACAACAAGGGUUGGUGAGAGCGGAGAGGUUUGAAAAGGCGAGUCAUUGUGCGUUGGUGAUGGAGGAUGAGGAGAGGUAUUGGAGGGCUGUGAGGGAGAGUUGGGAGGGGCAAAUGGAGAGGAGGCGGAUGCGGAGAGAGAGUCGCGAAGACGAGGAGUGUGAACCCGGAAAAGUCGUGUUGGGGGCUACGGAUGAACAAGGGGGAGAAGGGGGGGUUGGUGAGGAGCCAGGGACAAGGUCCGGAGUUGAAGAAGGAGUUGAGGCGAGAGCAGCUGAGGCUACUAAGUCUAGGAGAGGUCGCACUAGCAAGCUCUGAUGGACUCGACGCUUCUGCUGUAGACGUUGUGAAAAACGAAUGAGAAGAUGGGAUGCGGUUUCGAUGAUCGCGUCGGGAAGAGGAAUUGCUAUUCUUUUUGCAGUGUAGUUUAUGGGACUCCAAAAGGAAUAGACACAUGGAGCAAGCCUCAGAAGACCGUUGGCACUCU